AAAAACAUGAUUUUAAUUCAACCCAAGCAUUUUCCAGGCAGAUUAUAUUGCUACAGUGAUUCAAGAGACAGCCCUAUUUAAACACAGUUACUGAGGAUUUUUAAGAGACUGAGUUAAAGAACUUAGGAAUUUCUUAUUCAUUCACAGGAUUGGCAUAUUCAUCAACCCCUGAAAACUAAAGCAAACUCAAAAGGACAAAAAGAGAUGAUGGGCUUUUUAAGUCCAGUAUGUAUACUUUUCUUCUUGCUCGGACUCAAAGUAUAUUGCCAGUAUGAAAGUUAUCAAUGGGAUGAAGAUUAUGACCAAGAGCCAGAUGACGUUUACCAACCAGAAUUCCAUUUUCAUCAAAAUGUAGACUAUGGAGUGCCUUUUCAUCAGCAUACUUUAGGCUGUGCCAGUGAGUGCUUCUGUCCACCUAACUUUCCAUCAUCAAUGUACUGUGAUAAUCGCAAACUUCAGAGAAUCCCAAGUAUUCCAGCACACAUUCAGCAAGUCUACCUCCAGUUCAAUGAAAUUGAGGCUGUGACUGCAGAGUCGUUCAUCAAUGCAACUCAUCUUAAAGAAAUCAAUCUCAGUCACAACAAAAUUAAAUCUCAAAAGAUUGAUCACGGUGUUUUUGCUAAGUUGCCAAAUCUACUACAACUUCACCUACAGCAUAACCACUUAGAAGAAUUUCCAUUUCCUCUUCCAAAGUCUUUGGAGAGACUUCUUCUUGGUUACAAUGAGAUCUCCAGAUUGCAGACAAAUGCAGUGGAUGGGCUAGUAAACCUGACUAUGCUUGAUCUCUGUUAUAAUCAUCUUGAUGAUUCUAUGUUACAAGAAAAAAACCUUGUCAAAAUGGAAAAAUUACUGCAGCUCAACCUAUGUAACAACAGAUUAGAAUCAAUGCCUCCUGGUUUGCCUUCUUCACUUAUGUAUUUGUCUUUAGAAAAUAAUUCAAUUUCUUCUAUCCCAGAAAAUUACUUCAAUGAACUUCCAAAACUUCAUGCUCUAAGAAUGUCACACAACAAACUACAAGAUAUCCCAUAUAAUAUUUUUAAUCUUUCCAACCUUGUAGAGCUCAAUGUUGGACACAAUAAACUGAAGCAAGCAUUCUAUAUUCCAAGAAAUUUACAACACCUAUACCUAGAAAAUAAUGAAAUUGAAAAUAUCAAUGUUACAGUCAUGUGUCCAUCGGUUGACCCACUAUAUUACCACCAUUUAACAUACAUUCGUGUGGACCAAAAUAAGCUAAGAGAGCCUAUAAACUCAUACAUUUUCCUCUGCUUCCCUCAUAUACAUAGUAUUUAUUAUGGUGAACAAAGAAACAUUAAUGGCCAAACAAUACAACUGAAGACCCAAGUUUCAGGGAGAUUUCAAGAUGAUGCUGAUAGUGAAGAUCAGGAUGAUCGCCAUGAAAGCUCAGAACAAGAAGGAACAGAAGAAAACAUUGACACUCACUAUUAUGGAAAUCAAGAAUGGCAAGAACCUUCAUAGAUAUAUAUUUCUUACUUCAAAAAACUUGUAGCUUACAACAAUAUAUGAAGAAUUGUGUGUGAGGAUAAGAUCAAAGACUUGAGUUUAAAUUGUUGGUAACAUCUGCAUCAUUACAUAGGAUGAGAAUUUAUUUUAUCACAACCUGUAUUUAGCAAAUUUUAGCAACUGUCCAAAAUGUCACAGCUUUUACUCUGUUCCAUUUUAACUGCGGUAAAUGCUUUUUAUAGUAAAUUCACUAGAGAACGGUUUCUUUAUAUUAGUUACAUAAACAUUUUCUAAUAAAUAACUGCUUUGUUAUUCACAAGGUUAGUUAAUGUUAGCACAAAAAAGUAUAUAAACAUUAUUAAACACUUCUAUUUUUCUAGCACAAUGAAUUAGAAACAUACAUUACAUCUGUCAAUGUUUAUAGUGUUAAAAGUUCCUUUAAAAUAUGAACAACACAGGUUUUGACAUCCUUUUAAAAAUCUUAAAAUCACAUAUUUAAUCUACCAUUUUGAAGUAUGUUAAGUAUACCUUAUAAUAAAGACAAUCUAACUGCUGUGAUGA